AAUAACUGAAAAAAAAAAACUGUUUGCUGCAGCUUUUGGCUCUUUUGAUAUUUGACUCUUUGUUUUUUGAUAAUAAUGCAAACAAAGUUAAUGGCAGGAAAUUUAAUGAUUUAGCUUUUUAUAAUCUCAAGAAACAAAUUAUCUAACCGGAAACUGGCAACAUAUGACAAAAUUGAAAUCUCUUGACAUGUUUUGAUCUCUGACUGGUUCCAUGGACCCUGAGUUGAUACUUUGAAACUUGUCCAAACGAAGGAUCCUGUUAUUUUACACGUACCAACAGGUCGGAUACUCUCAAGUAUAUGUGGGUGUAAAUGAACAUGGUUUUCUCGCUUCAGGAUCAGGCAAAGUGUUGUAAUAUGUUAGCAGAGACUCGAUUCUCUUCUUCUAUAGCUUUAAGCUUUGUGUUUCGUUUGAAUUUUUUGUUGUAUUGAAUUUGUCUAAUAAAAUUAGUGAAAUCUGAGCUUUAUUACUAAUGACGAAGAGCAAUUAUUGAAAUUAUUUUAAAUGAACAUUAUGUGGAUGAAAUGUUUGUACAUGUGAAGCCCUCGGGAGAUUCCGAAGAUGAGAAGUUUGAGCGAUUGAUUGAACGUCUUCUAUUGGAAGGACCAGUGGCCGUAUCCUUUGAUUAUUUCCCAAGUUACCUACUGGAAAAGUAAGUUUUGAUAUUUUCGAAUAUUUUCUGAAUUUUAUAAGCCAGUAUUCUUGUAAAAAAUAAUUUAAAAAAAAAGACAAUUGAACAACUAAAACAAUUUUACAAGUGGUAAUUUUGAUAUCUUGCAUAAAUUUUUAUGAAACAUGUCUAAAUUUAUGUCUCUAUCUUUAUACUCUUUUGAAAUUUAUGUUUUGGAUUUAAUAUUUUGGAUUGCACAUGGUGGGUUGUAUGAUGUUGCUACUAUCACUGCAAUCGUUUAAAAUAGUAAUGAAAGUUUAUUUGGGUGAUAGAAAAAAAAGAACAUUUGUUGUAUUGUAUUUGUCUAACAAAAAUAUUGAAAUCAGAAUUUUAUUGCUGCUUCUAAAAGUUCUAAUGAUGAAGAUUAUGAGAAUCAAUAGUUUAACUGCUCUAUUUUGCCAAAUUCAGAGUGUGUAAAUUAAAUUCUGAGAUUUCCAAAACGCAAAUUUCCAUUUAACAAGAAAUAUAAAACGGCGCCAUAUGCGCUAGCCAAAAUCCGAACUCUCUUCUUCCUCUUUCCCAGUUGGCAGAACCGCAGAAGCCCUAAACUCUUUUUUUUUGUUAAUCUCUCAAAUCUCUCGUCCUCUCGUACUCCAACAAUGGAGUUUUGGGGAGCUAAAGUCAAGGCCGGCAAGACUCUCAAAGUAAAGCCUGGUGAAAACUGUCUCAUCCACAUCUCUCAGGCUUCCCUUGGUAAAGCGAAAAAGGGAGUAUUUGGCCUCUUGUAUGCCACCGUUGAUGACAAGAAACUCCUCCUUGGAACACUCUCUCAAGAUAGCUUCCCUCACAUCAACUUUGAUCAUCUCCUCUUCGACAGAGAAUUCGAGCUCUCCCACACCCUGGACAGAGGAUAUGUCCAUUUCAUUGGCCACCAGCGCAAGAAGAAGAAGAGGGCUAAUGAAUCUUCCAAAACGCCUGUCUCCUUCAAUACAGGUAAGAGCGUGUUGCAACCUUGUUCUGAGAGCAAAACAAAUCAGAAGAAGCAGAAGAUACAGAAGGAGAAUUCUGAGGAAAUCAAAGAGAUGAAUAAAUCUAUCAAAGAGCUGUCUGAAGCUGUGAAAACGCUGCAACAGAUUCUAUUGACAAAAGCCGAUCUACCAGAGGAGAAAGAAACCCCAAAGAACGAAGAUUCUUGCUGUUUCGGGUGUGAAGAAGCGACGGGAAACAAUGAGCAAACCAUUUUCGUUAAAGGAUUUGAAAAUCUGCGACCAAGGGCUGAAAUCAAGAAUGCAUUGAGUAACUUUUUCGGUUCUUGUGGAGAGAUCACUAGGGUUUAUGUUCCCUUUGAGUGUAAAAACCGCAUUCCCUUAGGGUUCGCUUUCAUUGAUCUGAGAAAGGGUGAAGGCAAUGAGAAGGCGUUGGAACUAAAUGGAAGUUACAUGGGAGGAAAGGAGCUUGAGGUGACGAUGGCUAGUCAUAGAGACGAAUACUAUGGCUUUACUGACUUUCAUGGUUGUGAACGCUGUCCAGUGUUUCUAGACCAUAUUUACUUCCCCUCCUCGAUUAAACACCGUCGUUCUGUUUAUAGUUGAGAUUCACCGUCUACUUCCUUUUAGCAUCCCUGACAGACGAACCGCAGCUAAUAUUGGUCGUUUUGUGGUGCUACUUUUUGUUUAUCUACCAGCUACAUCAAACUUAUUUUUUUUUUUUUUUUUUUUUGGUCAAUCAUCAAACUUAUUUUUAUUGACUAAUUUAUGUACAUAUAUUUCACGUGUUCAACCAAAAUCACAACCCAAGUCCAAUCACAUAUGGUGUCUUCCAAUUUUUUAGUCACCUAUUACAUUAAAAAAAACAGUUUUUUUGGAGAUAGAAAAUUCAACCAAAAUCAAAAUGGCCAAUCUCUAGGGCAUUGUACAAGAAACCUUUUUAAAAUAAUGGAAAAACUACUAGGGGGAGAAUUUAUUAAUUAUCUGAGAAAAAUAAUUUGAACAUAAAACACAAAAUUCUCAGCCUUUCACGCUUAUCUGCUUAACGCUCUUCACCAUCUCAUGGCAAACAACGACGACUACCCGAAUCACAGCAGCAACAUGAGGACCAGAGUGAAGAAGACAGUAGCUUCAUAUCUCUUUUUGUUUUUUCUCUUUUUGUUUUUUUUAUUGAGCUAAAGGUAUGAUAAAGGAAGACUUGGCUUAGGGGAAAAGUGUUUAUAUUGCUGAAGAUGUGCUUGUUCGGUGAUAGUUAUGUUCCCUGGUGAAAACGGCACACCCGGUCAAAAGAUUCGUACUUGGAAUAGAGAAAGCGGUGAAGCCAAUGCUUGACUGAUUAUAGAAAUGGACAGUGGAUAAAAAGAAAGCAAAUGAGGAAAGAAAGGAGAUGGUAUACAGAAGGAGCUUGAGAUAGUAGAGGCUGAGAUUUGCUUAGAGGAAGCUAUUGAGGAUAUGGAUGAAGAACUAAAGAAGAAAGAGCAAGCAGAGGAAAAGAAAACUGAAAUGGGUUUGACUGAAGAUGUGGUUGUCCCGGUUUAUAGAGAAGAGACAGUUGUCACUCCCGAAGAGAAGAAACAGGAAGAUGAGUCCAAAGAUGAUGAUGAUGAUGAUGUUUCUUCUCUUGUAUGUUCAUUUACCGGUACAAUAAAGACUAGAGAGAUCCUUUCUAGCAUGGAAGCAACACCGAGCAGAACCACCAAAACUAAUCCCAUGCAUCAUCAAAAGGGAGCAAAUGAGGCAUCAGAUUCAAUCCUUUUUACUCUGAUGUCGAGUAACAAAGAUGAAAUAUAUAACAAACCUGGGUUGUAUCCAGAUAAGCUAUAAAAACACAAGAUCCCAGUCAGUUAUUGUCUCUAUCCGAUCACUUCUUCUUCUGUCUUCCAAUGCCACAAGUUCUUCCCCUGAUAGCAGCUCAGACCUCAGCUUCUCCGGGAACAAGAUCAACUUUGGCACUGGAAUACACUUGUUGGUGAAAUGGACGAUGUUUUGUCGCUUCAGGUUCAGUCAAAGUGUUUUAGUUCGUUAGCAGAGACUCAUGCUUUGUCUUUGAGUAUCUUCUACUGUUUUUGGCUGUGGACAGGUCUUUUUGUAUUUUUUUUAUUUUCUAAUGAAAACAUUUAUCACAACUAUUUAAAAAUAAAACUUAAGAGUACUUCUAUUUUUUUUUCUUGUAAUAACUAAGAUAAUGCAAAAGUACAUUUUAAAAUUACUUAUUAAUACAUGUAUUAUUAAUUUAAAAACUAUUUCCUCCGUUUUAAUUUAGUUGUCAUUUAAGGUUUAUUCACAUAGAUUAAACAUUUAAUUUUGUACACUUUUCAAAAUAAAAACAUAAUUACCCAUACAAUUAACCAUAUUAUGAUCAAUAAAAAAUAAAAAAGAGAAUUUUCUUAAUAAAUUUGCAUUAAAAUCAUAAAACAACAUUUAUUUGAAAACGUAAAUUUUAUUCUACAACGACAAUUAAACUAAAACGGAAGAAGUAUAAAUUAAGUUACUAUUUAUGUUUUCAU